UGUGUGUGUGUGUGUGUGUGUGUGUGUGUGUGUGUGUGUGUGUGUGUGUGUGUGUGUGUGUCGCUGCUCGGCAGCAGAUGAGGCCGUCUGCCUCCGUCCUCUGCUGCUGUCGCUGUUUGCUCAGCAGAAACGAGUCACAGAGAAACGGCAGAGAUUUUAUUUUCAUGUUUCUCUUGCAGGCGCUGCAGCAAACGCUGCUGCAGCAGCUGGACAGCAGAUGCCUGGACAAGCAGGGGGCCUCCCGCCAGACUUCAUGCGGAACCUCAUGCAGCAGAUCAGCCAGUACGCAGCUGCUGUGGCGACCAGCGCUGCGACCGCUGCAGCCACCGGCCAGCCCGUCCCUCCGCAGCACACGCCCCCUAGCUCCACCCCCACCUCCUCAGCCACCACCACUGGGCCCAACACGCCCACCACCACCCCCACUGCCCCCCCUCCGCCCUCCCAGGCCGGACCCCAACAGCCCCAGGCCAGGGUGGUGUUCUCUCGGCCCCCCUUCGCCGCCGGCAUGCCCCCGCCGGCCUUCGGGACCCGGGGAACCACCAUCAACGUGAGGGCGGCCAUGCCGGGCCAGCAGCCGGGACAGGUGGGAGCUUCCUGCUGAAACACACUGAAGGCUUGUAUUUCAAUGAGGUGUUUGGAAAAUGCCUGAUUUCUUCUGAAAACGUUACUUACAGAUAAAACCAGAUAUUUUCAUGCACUUUAUUUGUAAUUUUCCUUACAUGUUGUGUCUAAGCAUUUAAAUUGAGCUGGGAUUUUAUUUACACAGAUUGUUUGAAUGAAUGUUUAUGAUUCCUGAUUACUCUGAUUUAUUAAUAGUCCUAUAUUUUAUGUUAAACAACAUUAUUGAAAGUGGGGAAUUUAUCUGUUAGUGAUUUUCCAGUCAGUCGUUUAAGGUGUGCAAAAGAAAUUUCAUUAGAUAUUUCAGCAUUAAGUUGAGUUAUAUUUCAGUUUGCCUCAUCCCUGCAGGAGACUUUCAAAAAUAUGAAUAACUGUAAUAAAUUAUAUAAUAAUAGUGAAUUGAACCUGCUUUUGGCUGAUUUGAAUUGUUUUAAAUCUCUAAAUUGUGGUGCAGGAGAAGUUUGAAAACUUGCUGUGAAAAUGCUUGGGAACAGUUUGAGUUUUCCUGUGGGAACAGUUUUGAGUUUUCC